UCUUCGCUGCACGCCGACUCUGAAGUGGGCAGAGACUUUCUUUGUUGUUGGGCGGAGCACCAUCUGCUAGCCUACUUUAGCUAACAUGCUACCACCGGGUAGUGUGUGGUAACAAUGACCUGCUGUGCUCUCACAUACCUGCGUUCGUUGUCUCACUGCUGCUCGGGCAGCUAACACCCGCACGACUCCUGUCCUCAGCCCGACCUCAUGGAUCCCGGUGGAAGUGAACUGGACUCCAGCCUGCCUCAACCCGAGAACCCUUGUCUGAUCGUGGAGGACUCUCAGCCGGACAGCGUCGCUUUGGAGGACGACCCCGAGAGCAGCUACCGAGCUUUGUUGGCCCGUCGCCUGUCCAGCCUGCAGCCCACCGCCCGCAGCCCAGUUCUGGAGCUGAUAUCUUCACCACUAGGAAGCAGAUGCUCUCAGACUGACAGCCAAUCAGAGAGCUCCCAGAGUAACAACCUAGCUGAACCCGGGAUCCUCACGGCAGCCAACCCGAGUUCAGCGUUCCAGGAGGAGAGUCAACUUCUGGACAUCUGCCCUCCUGCAAACAAAAAGAAGUGUGCACCAGAGGACACUGAUAUGGAUUCUGGCGCUGACUCUACCACGCACUGCAUUCAGUCUGAGGAGGGGACCUCUCAGUUUGGUUUUCUUGAGCUUUCUCAGAGUCAGGAUCUGCGUGGAGAAGAGGUGAACAGUCAGGAGGACAUGACUCCUCAGCCAGACAGCGAGAGAUGCACCAAAUCAGCAGAGCAGAACAUCAGCUCCAGGACUUCAGCGAGUCAGGACAGCAAGUCUGUGAGAUCUGAGGUGAGCUCCAGCAGCUCCUCUGACUCUCCGGGUCAGUCGGGCAGGCAGCUGAGUGUCCAGGUUCUGCUGCACUCGCAGGGUUUCCAGGCCUCUGGUGAGCAGGACCGGCAGGACUCUGAGAUCCUGUCCUCGCAGGAGGACCUGUUCGACGCUGACAAGACAGGGGCUGCGGUCGACAGCACAGUGUCCGAGCCAGAGCAGCAGGGUCACCCCACCCCGACACCUGCCCACACCCUGCGACUGCUGCAUCUCUCUGGACAGGGAUCACUGGUGCAGGAAAGUCUGUCCCAGAGCUCGGUCGAUUAUGUCGCUCCAACCCCAGACAACUUCACCCACACUCCCUUAAUUGUUCCAAGCUCGCCGACCGGACCGGAGAAUGAACGUGGUGCUGAUGAACCGAUGGAUACUUCGUUGCCCCCAGAAGAUCGAGCAGGGGACAGGGAGGAACAGCCGAUGGAAACGGAGACCGCCUCUAAGCCACACCCAUCCGCUUCUACGCCUGUAUCCCAGAAUUCCCCUGGUUUUGUGUUGGAGCGUAAUAUCUCUUUACCCUCCCAGCCAGAUUUCUCUCAUGACGUGUUUGUCCCAACACAGAGCCUGGAGGCCCCACAGCAGUCGGAGAAGAAGUCGACAUCGUUGCCUCGUGAGACACCGUCUCAACAUCUGGAGUCGACUCCUUUCAGUUUGCCUUUGCAGCUCUCUGAGAACACGGAGAGGUGUAGUCCAGCUCAGCAGACCCCAGAACAGAUUCAAGAGGACAGUCAGGCCACGCAGAUCGAGGAAUUGGAAGAGCCGCCCGGCGUCGACACCAGUGACUCUGUGAUUUCACGCUGCGAUCAGAGGAGCGAGAGCAACGGCGCCCCCUCACAAUCACAAACCGCCACCAGUUCGAAAGCUUCCACCUCUGCUGUAUCACCAAAGCAUCACAGCGAAUGUGCCAAGGCUGAGCAGACCAAUCUGUCGCAAAAGUCCGACGUGCACAAAAAGACAGCAACUUCUCUGAAUGUACAAAAUGUGAAUGUAAAAGACAGUAAGAGUGACUGCAAAGAGGUGAGCUCUGCUGACGCGGUGUCCUGCUCUCAGCCGAGGCUUGAUGCCUCUGAUCUGACUGUUAACAGCUGUGUGCAGGAGACGCCCUCAGACACUACACCCUGCAGUCUGCCCUCACAGUCCAUGAUCUCUCAGACAUCUGCUGUGGAUGUGGUGAAGAGUUCUGUGGAUGUAAGAGGAGGGGGAACUGCAAAGAGUCAGUCUGUAGAAUCACAGCAGUGUGGAAAGGUUGGUAACAGCCAGACGGACAAAGACGUGAUGGAUGCGUGUGAGCAGGAUGACGUAGAAGAGGAAGAGGUGGUGAUGGAGGAGGAAGAGGAGGAGAGUGCAGGGGGAGGCGGGGCUUCAGGAAUGGCUCUGGCUCUUUCCCAGAGCCAGCUGUUGUCUCCUGAGCCCAUGGAGGAGGACAGUGAAGACGGGGGAGCGGACAGCGUCAUCGUGGUGACAGACAGCGAGAGAGACUCCCAGAUUCAGAAGAAAGACGUGACGCCACAGUAAGAACACCAGCCAAUCAGAGAUUCUGUCUCCGCCUCCACCAACGGCCACGAGUCCCGGCCUCAGACGAAGGAGGCGAACGCGGCUCCUGAUAGGUUCUCCCAGACUGAGAAGGCGGGGCCUGAACCAGAGGGGCUCAAAGACAAGAGUCUCAGUGAUAGUUCUGGAGAAAUUUCCUUCCACUUCACACUUCCCAAAGAAGGGGAGCUGAUUGGUCCUGCUGUUGGUGCCACACCCCCUCUGAUCAACCAGCUGAAGCAGACGCUGAGACACAGCACUCCCAUUGAGAUCACUUCCUUCUCUGAAAAGUCAGACAUGGUGGGUGACGUCUCUGCGGAUGUGGCGAUGGCUGCCAGUGACAUCGUGUCGGGGGAGAGCGGCGAGGACACGGCGGAGAAGGGGGACGGGAAGCUGAGUUUGAGGAUGAAGCUGGUGACCCCCGUUGAAGAGGGCAGCUCGGAGCGCUUCAGCCUGCAGAAGCCAACACUAUCAGAGGAGGAUGGAUCUGUCGUCAAGGUUACCACUGUUUCCAAGGCUGUAACCAGCAGCCCGUCGGUGUUUAGUCGAGUCAGGCAGGUGCACAGACAGCAGGAGGCAGAGGAGGACAGCCAUCCCGCAGGCAACUCUACACCUGUCAGGGGGGAGCUGUUCGCCUCACCACAGAGAAGUUCCCAGGCGUCCUCAGGCGGAUGCAACAGCCUCCCUAACAGCCAAUCAGAGCCUUCGCAGAAGGAAAUAUUGGCAGCGCCGCAGCAGAAGCCCAUAAAUACUCCCACCCCUGCCGAGCCGUCUGAAGAGAGGCGAGGACCGGCAGAAGUUUCAGAGCCUCCCACCCCGAACAGGACAGACGCCCGGCAGAGGGUGGUUUCACAGCAGAACUCUGACAACACCAUCACCUCCAGUCCGUCCAACAAGCUCCGUCAGCGGACAGUCUCCCAGCAGACCAGCUUCGACGCCCCGGGGCUGCGCUCCCCAGCUGGCAGGGGUGAACCAGAGUCUCCGUCCUUCAGAAGAACCGCAGGCCCCUCCCACUGCAGACACGUGCGCACCAUCCAGGAAGUGCGGACCACCAUCACGCGGAUCAUCACAGAUGUGUAUUACGAGGACGGCAAAGAGGUGGAGCGCAAAGUCACAGAGGAGAGCGAGGAGCCAGUGGUGGACUGCCACGUGUUGGACAGCGACAUCUCUCCAUGCCGCACGGGCAGCAGCUCCGUGAACUCCGGUGACCUGGCUGACAUCAGCUCUCUGUCGUCCAAGGCCUCCAGCCUGCAGCACAGCUCAGGAGGAACCAGUAGCAGCACCGGUCUCACCAGGCCGGACUUCAUCAUGCCGCCCAGCCGAGGGGCCCGAUCCUUCAGUCCCAGGAGGGGAGGUGGGCAUCAACAGAGGGGUCACAGGGGUCAAAGGGCAGGGUCAGUGAUCACAAAGGGCAGAGGCUACGGCACCCUUGGGUCCCGGGGCUUCGUCCCACUGACUCCCAGAGGAAGGGCUAGAAGGGGCCGACCUCCGUCCCGCUCCUCCCUGUCCAGGGGAGGUGGCGUUGGUCCGUUGCACAGACUUGGUGCUCAUGGCCAGCCACAGUCCUCCUCAGAGGACGAGCCCUACACCCGCAUGCUCCCCCCACGCCUCCCCAUCAGCUCCACAGACGCCGAGCUCCCCAGCCACUCCGACUCCCUCAGGUCGUCGCCGGAGGAGGCGAGCCUGGCCGGCAGCAGCUUCGUCGGCCUGCGGGUGGUGGCCAAGUGGUCGUCCAACGGCUACUUCUACUCGGGCCGCAUCAUCAAAGACGCCGGGGAGGGCAGGUUCCGCCUGCGAUUCGACGACGGUUACGAAUGCGAGGUGGUGGGGAAGGACAUCCUGCUGUGUGAUCCCAUUCCCCUGGAGACGGAGGUCACCGCUCUGCUAGAGGACGAGUACUUCAGCAUAGGUGUUGUGAGGGGCCAUAAAACAGAGGGCCAGGAGCUGUUCUACAGCGUGGAGCGGGACGGCCAGAGGCAGUGGUACAACAGGACCUCGGUCAUCCUCUCUCUGGAGCAGGGCAACAAGCUGAGGGAGCAGCACAGCCUCGGGCCCUACGAGCCCUCCACUCCCCUCACCAAGGCCUCCGACAUCAGUCUGGAUAACCUGGUGGAGGGGAAGAGGAGGCGCAGAGUGGCCCCCGGAGGUCAGAAUACUCCCAACCGCAGCUCCUCCAGCAGCCCCCGUACCCCCGGCCCCUCCGGCAAGAGGAAGCUGAUGACCUCUGAGGACAACAGGACGCCGGCCAAGAGAGGCCGCAGGGGUCCAGGCGCCAGAGCCGCUCAGCGGGUCGGUGUGUGUAACACCUCCGGCAGCGGCACAGAUCUCCCCGGUCAGUCGUGUGGCGUGGCGGAGACUCACGGCCCGCUGCCCCAGAACACGUCUCUCUUCAUGGGCUUCGCGUUCAUGCUAACGGCCUCGUCGGAGAUCGACCGGCUGACCAACAAACUCACCUGCGAUGAGGAUGAGGAGGAUUACAUUCAGACAGGUCCAUACAACAAGGCAUACACAGAGUCCCAGCUGCUGGCAGGUGGAGGCUUCAUCCUGCCUGACUUCAAUGAAGAACAGUGUAAGGCAGCGUACCAGAGCCUGCUCAUUGCAGACCAGCACUGCCGUACCAGGAAGUACCUGUUGUGUUUGGCCAGCGGCGUGCCGUGCGUGUCACAUAUUUGGGUGCGAGACUGCUGCAAAGAGAACAAGCUGCUCAACUACAGGAAUUACCUGCUGCCUGCCGGUGUGGGGCUGGACGACGCCGUAGUAGAAUGGCAUCCCCGCAGCAGUCCAUUCAAAGCCCUGCGGGUCCUUCUAGUGUUUGAGAAGCCAGUGGAGCUCUGGGCCCAGCUGAUCACCAUGGGUGGAGGCUCCUCCGUCCGACACUUCCAGGGAGACAAGGACAGCUCAGACAUUCCUGCUGGCAAGUACGACGUUGUGGUGACAGACCAUGCCUGUCCACCACUGGUAGAGAAAAAUGUGACAUCGCAGGAAGUCCCGCUGGUGUCUCCUGAGUGGCUCAUUCAGAGUGUCAUCAGUGGGGAGCGCGUGGGUUUCCACAGCAAGCCUCAGUAUCACCACGACUACUCGUCCUAAUCUGACUCCACAUGUGCAAAAUGCCUUCGACCAUAUUAAAUGUUCAACAUUAGUUCUGUUGCAUGCCUCUGCUGUAUAUAACUUUAUCCUGUCUGUUUUUAUGGGAUAAUAAAUUGUGA